AUGCUGCGAAACGCGUUGUUUCGCACAAAUAAUGUGAUAAACUCCACUAUCGCCGCCGCUUCCUCGACGUAUUCGGGGUUAGUUUUAAAAAAAUUCUCAUAUCUAAUUUUUUUUAAUUGGAACAAUUUUGCCGCCUAAAAAUUAUUGGAUUUUCUCGUAUAAAAUUUCAUGAUUUCAGUUCUUCCGCAAAAGAACCUCGAAAGAUCCCAGCAACCGGAAUGACCAUCAAUCCUUUCGCACUUUUCAUCAAAGAAAAUGCGAGCGAGAAAAAAACGAGCGCUCCUACGGUAUUCUUCAAAAACCUCACACAACAGUGGAAGUCGCUUGAUGAGAAGCAGAAAAAUGUAAGUUCUUUAUAUAUUUCCUCUCUGAAAAAUGGACUUUUUAAGGCGUACAGCGUGAAAUCGAAGCAGUACAGAGAGGAGAAAAUAAAGGAAUUUUUGAAUUUGAGCGACGAGGAACAGAAAAAGAGAGUGCAAGAGGCGGCGGAUGAAAAGGCCGAAAGGGCCAAAAGAAAAGUCAGGAAGGCCCGUAGAGAGGUAAUUUAUGAAUCAAUUGGAAAACAGACAUUUUUCCGGGAAUAGUUUUGAAAAAGUUCGGAGAGCUGUGGUUCAUGAACUAUUUGAGAUAUACGACAUAAAUUCACGUUUACAAUUAAAAGAUCUUAACAGGAUCAUAGACCAAAAUGAACAAGUUUAGACUUUUUUUUUAGUGUUAAUCUCAUUUUCGAAGUUUCAGAAAGCUAUUUGAUAAGAAUUGAAUGAAAAAAAAAAUGAAAUUUUUGGAAAAUAACGAAAGCUGCUGUAACUGUAUCAGAGAUAGGUCCUUAAAAAUAAAAGAAAAAUAAAGUUUCACGAUUUUUUUGAGAGUUUUUAAAGGAGCAAAGAUAAAAAAAUAAGGAAAUAAUUAUGCUAUUUUUAAGAUUAGGAGACUUCAGGCCCUUUUCAAUUUUGAUCCUAGAAAUCUUUUUAUAGUCUGUGUGCCACGACUUGGAAUUUCACUGAACGACAUUCCGCUGCGUGCGUUCGCGAAGCAUCUUUAGAAUCGAGAUCACGCUUUCAAUUGAUUGUUAUUGCUGUGGGAGCACAGGAGAGUAGAGUUCCUUAAUAAAAGAAAAAAAAAAUUAAAAGCGCAGCGGUACAGCGGAAUGUCGUUUGGUGAAAUUAUAAGUCUUGGUACAUAGACUAUAAUGCCCAGUAGACUUUUAAAAAAACUGGAAUCAUCGAUGAAAUCUUGUAAUUUGACAGGAACACGAGAAAACCAACCGUCCCGAGAUGCCUCCCAACUCUUAUGCCUUGUUCAUCAAGCACGAAAUGCAGAAGUUGAAGGAUUCCGGAGAAGCCGUCGCUCCCGUCAGCAAAAACGUCGCGAAAUUCGCCAGCCAGUGGAAAGAAAUGUCGCCCGGACAGAAAACCGUCCGUUUUUUCUGUUUUCUGAAUAGAAAACAUUCAAAGCGGUACCAAAAUUGUAGCCCUUCUAGCUGGAAAUUAAGUUUUCUAGAAGUCCGGAAAAUAUCCAACAAGAAUAGGGCAAAAAAAUGUUCUCAGCUUUUGGUUUUUACGACAUCUUGUCUAACGCCUUAAAGUCGGUAUUUUGGUGCAGAAAAUAACAAUUUUCGGCGUUUUUGCGGUGCCAUAACUCGAAUAAAAUUUGAAAAAGGAUUGUUUUGCUCAUAACUUUAUCUGAAACUUGGUAAAUUCUAAAAUUUGUGAUUUUCGUGUUUUUUUUUGGAGGAUAUGGUUUUUCAAUGAAUUUUUUUGAUAUAAUGUUAGGAAAAUGGGAAAAAGAAAAAGUUCCUCAAAAACUUUCUUUUUUUAAAAGGUUUGAAAAAAAUUAUUCCGAUAUAAUUGAAACUUUAAGAAAAAAAGCUUCUAGAACCCGUAAAAUCUGUGAAACCUUCUAAAAAUUUGUUUAUUUAUUUCUAGGCUUUUUACCGCUUAUAAAAAUUUUUUUCCGUAAAAAAAUGUUUGAAUAAACUUCAAAAAUACUCUUAAUCACAGAGAAUACAGUUAAUCUUGUAUCCGAAAAUUAUGGUUUCGAGCUAGGGCUUUCUCUGAAACCGAAAAUGUUCCUUUAACUUUUUUGAAUGUUCAGGAAUUUGUCGAAAAAGCCUCGGCCUUACGCUCGGAUUAUUACGCGAAACUGGCCGAAUGGAACAAGAACAAUGGAAAAGAAGCCCAGAAACCCGCAUCGAAAUAA